AGCUUCAGUGUCAAACUGCCAUCACUAAUUUACCAGCGUAUUGAUACUUAGCCCUGCUUUGCCUCACCUAGUGGAGGAUCCUCCAGGUGCAGCCUGUCAACGCAGCCAUACAAAGCAUGAAGCUUCCCCUCUCUGCGUUAUCGAUAGGAAAGCCUGAUCGGGCCAAUCCAAUGGUUAAGGGACAUCUGCUGUUUUGCUUCACCGGAGAAAGUAUGUUUAUCGGCAGUAACGUCACAACUGCUGUUGAUCCUGCCUAGAUGUUUGGGCUACCGUUACCACAUUGUGGCUUCUGAUUGCUGCUUCUGGCCAGCUUUGCGUCGCCUACUGCGGAGGCUCGCUCACCAGUUAAAGUGCUGCUUUAACUGCACACCUUCCUGCUGCCUCGCUUGGGCCGACACUCGAAGUGUGGAAGUCUCUAGGCUUGUUUGAGACACAUUGCGGCUCGCCUCGAAAGUAGACGAGAGUAGCCGAUCGCAGCCGGGGGAGGUGUCAAAAAGCUCGUCUUAAGUCGGACAGGUCGGAGUCGGCUUGACUGGCUGGGUUUGCAAUGGCGGAAAUUGCGUUGGCGUUUUUCGUUGCAGAUGAAGUGGAUGCAAUAGAAAUCCCACAUGUAUUGUAUGGAGAAUGGCAUGAUGAACACCGUCUGCGGAGAUCCGUUCCAAAGGUCCAACAAUUUGUGGAAGAAGUGGUCCCACAGUACAGUCCUUCAGACUUCAAAAGUCAUUUCCGAUUGUCCAGGGGACAUGUGGAAGUAUGAUGUGAUGACGACUAUUGGCCCGUUCUACUGGAACAGACAGCACAGUAAAGUGCCGCUUCAAAACAGUGUUCUUGCCUGUCUGUGGACUCUAUCAAACCAGGAGUCCUAUAGGGGGGUUGCUGAUCGUUUCAAUAUCACCAAAUCCACUGUCUGCCUGCAUCUCCAUGAAUUCUGUAGUCUUGUCACCACAUAUUUGUCUCACCACAUUUCCUGGCCCACAGGGCAAGCCCUACAUAAUUCUGAGUUAGGAUUUCGUGCAGCAGGAUUUCCCAACACUGUCUGUGCGGUAGAUGGAUGCCACAUUCCUAUUGUGAAACCACACUGUGAGAACCCAGUAGCAUACAUCAACAGAAAACAGUUUUAUUCUGUUGUGCUUACUGGGUUCUGUGACAGUAAACGGAGAUUCUGUCAUGUUAAUGUGGGCCACCCUGGUAGCUGGCAUGAUGCACGGGCAUUCCAGUUGUCUGCUGUUGGAAGGCUGCUUGAUGAAGAUCCCCAGUCCCUGGUGCCUGAGGGAAUGCACAUCAUUGGGGACUCUGCCUACCCACUAUUGCCUCAGCUUAUGAGGCCAUACAGGGACAAUGGCCAUUUAACUGCUCGGCAGCGUCGUUUCAAUCAAAAAUUAAAUGUUGCACGCGUGGUCAUUGAGCAUACCUUUGGCCUACUGAAAACGAAGUUCAGGAGGCUCAAAUGUUUGUACAUGAAAAACAUUGCAAACAUUAGCACAGCAGUCACUGCCUGUUGCAUACUUCACAACAUGUGCUUGGAGGAAGGGGAAGCAAUUGAAGUUGAUGAACAGGUUGAAGCAGCAGAUAACAGGGCACCGCAUCCCCAGAACCAAGAUGCAGUGUUGCACAGAAAUCAGAUUUGUGACCUUUUUUAAAGAGCUCACACACACACACCCCCCCCCCCCCCCCCCCCCCCCCCCACAAAUAACCACUGUCAUAUUCUUUGUGGAAGACAUUUGUUUUUUAUUUCCUUUCCUUUUAUGCCCACAGUAUUGAGUAUGUAAGUCGCUUUGGAUUAAAGCGCCUAACAAGUAACAUGUAAUGUCAUCCAAAAUGAUUGGGCAAGUAAAAAAUAAAUGCAUAUAUAUGAAAACUAGAUAUGGUCAUUUUCUGCACAUGUCAAUAGCAGUUGACUAUCUUCUUUGAAAAUGAAAUAACUAUAUAUACACAUGUACUUGGCAAAUAAAUAAUAAUUGCAUAUAAACAUUGUGAACACUUGGUGUAUACAAAUACAAAUAUUACAAGGCAAUUGCCAGGGAUGAAAUAAUAACUCAACUGCAUAACUAGGAAAAUAAAUAACUAAUCUAAACAAUAUUACUUCCAUAAACAUACUGAGGUGGUGUUC